GCCUAGCCGUAUUUCACAGAUCAAAUGCGUUACAUAGACAACGUCCACACUACGAAGCAGUUAAAGAAGUAUCUUUGACGUACUCUAACUCUGAAAAUAACACUCAGCUCUAAUUUUGGGGUGAUAAUGAAAGAUUGGACUAAGGUGUUUUCAGCUGUCUUCAUCGGAGCUGUUGUUGCAAAUUUCAUCACUGUGUCAGCCAAUGAUAACUCUUCUACAGAGGAAGACGAAUCGAAGAUCGAAUGGUACCUAAAUCUAACAAUAACUUGGAUUGCCAAACCACCGUAUGUCGCUCGACCCACCAAUGGAUCUAUAGACAGCGGGGCUCAGGGACUGAUCCGAGAUACACUUUUACGAUACAUGACGUUUGAAUGUGGUAUUCUUCAUGGCAUCGAAUACCAAGUAGAAGACCGCCAAGUUAACAGUGAAUAUGAAAUGAUCGCACUUCUGAGGCAAAACAAAGUCCACGUUGCAGCUCCUAUAUUUGAGCCAAAAGGAGACAGACACUACAGCGAGUUCCCAUUUUUCAAAGUCGUUGAUUAUCCAGGAACAGACUACAUUACCACUGAAGAAGGAAACAACAAGAUCAGCUAUGUUUUGGAUGCCGUUCUGAAGUCUUGGCCACUGCUAGCUGUUACUCUGGUCCUGACAGCCAUUUCAGGAGUUGUUAUGUGGGCUUUGGACACUUACUGGAAUAGUGAAGAGUUUCCACGUUCAUUCAUCAAAGGCUCAUGGGAUGGAUUUUGGUGGUCUUUUAUUUCGAUGACCACAGUAGGGUAUGGUGACAAAUCUCCCAAAUCCCUUCCUGCACGGAUAUUCUCCAUUGUUUGGAUUCUCGUGGGCCUGAUUGUUAUGGCAAUCUUUACAGCGAACGUCACUUCAGCCCUGACGGCUCUUUCCCUGGAAACCGAAACAAGUAGCUUUGCUAAUAAGAAAGUUGCAGUUAUAGGAAAUGGGACAGAGUACCAACAUGCACUACAGGAGGAGGCUGAACCAAUAGUGCGCAACAGUAUCGAAGACGCUGUUAAAGAUGUGCAGUCCCAGAAAGUCGAUGGAUUAUUCAUAGAUAACUACGCAAACACCUUUUACCACUCAAGAGAAAAACUGAAAACGCUUCUCACCGUCAAGAAAUUGGAACUUCAAAGAGAUGUCGGGGUUCUCUUUUCAAAGGACAGAAAAUACCUGGCAGAUUGCUUAAAUUAUCAGCGUUCCACCAUUUUGAGGUCGGCUCAAACCAUCACUGCAACAUAUAAGUCCACCAAAAGUAAUCCAGCCAAACAAUUCAGUUUGUUUGACGAUUCUUCCAGCUUUGUUAAAAUACUCCUGUACAUUUUGCUUGGAGUAUUGGCGGGAAUGCUUUGUAUUGGAGUAAUAUGGGACUUACUUAUCAGGAAGAAGUCUGGCAAGCAGCAAAAUUCCAUGAUAGAGUGGCAAGCUGAAAACAAAGGAAUGGCGUUAACUGAGAGAGAAAGUAUUCUCAACGACUUUGAAGUAGCCAAAAGACUUCUUAAACAAAUGCAAGAUCACUUUACAACACUGGAAUCAAAGGUUUCAAAAAUUCGGGAUAACCAGUAAACGGUGCGUUCAGUGGGAUUUGCAAGUUAUGAACCAUGCAACACGUGUACAGGUUCAAAAAAUAUCUAGAUUGCAUAUCUAUGUAUGUACGGAUUUCACUCCAAAGGCAGAUAAUAUUUAACAUCUGUGUAAGAGGAUAAAGUUAGGACAGCAUUAUCUACCUAUCUAUUGCAACUUGAUGGAAAUUUCUGAAAUGAA